AUGGCUUCAACAACGCCCAUCUCCAACCUCCCCCAGUCAGAAAUUGACGCUAUAAUUCGUACUAAACGAAAAGUACGUGAGCCGAAAGCGUGCUACCCGUGCCACACCCGAAAGGUCAAAUGUGAUCGCAAUCUACCUUGCGACGGCUGCGUGAAACGAGACCAUGCGGAUUUAUGCUCUUAUGAACGCCCGUCCAAAAAGCGCCAUGUGAAUACCCCACCUCCCCUUGAAUCUGAAGAAAUGUCAAGAAAUUUUGGGGGUUCUGGAAAUGUCUCAGUUGGAGAUGUUGAAGUGCAGGGAAUUAGCGUUGAGCCCGGUAGAGUGUUGAUAUCAAGGGUGGAAUGGGAGAGUGUUUGCUCGAAGCUAAAAGAUAUGGAACGUGCCAUGUCUUCGUUACGGACGGAACUGGAGAAAGUAGACACGUCCGCACUGAUGUCUCCGGAUCCUUUAGUCGAGCAGACCCGAGUCUCUCGCGAAGAACCACUAUCUGACCGCGAAGGAAUUCAUGCAAAAAAUGUAUAUGGAAGCGGGACCGUACACCUAGGAUCUAGAUCCGUUCUUGCGUAUCUUCUCGGAGGAUCUCCCAAGGAAGCUACUCAAGCAUUGCUUGAGGGAGGACUGCUUCCAAAGCUAGGCCUCGAUAACGAGACCGCCACAUAUCCGUUUAUCGAUCUUUGGUCCUCCGACUCCACCACGUACGACAUUAGAUCCGUCUGUGCUGCACUUCCAGAUGACAACCAAUGCCGCAGACUAUUUAAGUAUUACCGUAAUAUUGCAGCAAUAAUCUACCCUGUACUUUCGGAUCUUGAGAGAUUUGAGGAGAGCUUAGACCUGGCUCUUCGGAACAGGGCUGCGUUUGGAAUCAGCGAGAAUGAUGAUGAUGAACUCAGUAAGCCAUUUGGUAUGCCUACAGCCUUUGUGGGAUUACUAUUUGCUGUGCUUGCAGCUGGUUGCCAGUCGUCUGAUAUGAGCGGAAAGGAACGUGAAUUGACUUCUCAGGUGUAUGUCUGUUGUGCUUAUCAAUUUUUACGAGCGACAAAUUUUGUAUCCCGUCCAACGCUGGAAGCAAUACAGACUCUUCUUAUCAUUGGUAAUGUAUUAUCAUAUAACAUGAACCCAGGGGUGUCAUAUAUUCUAUUAGGAAUGAGCCACAGGAUGGGUAUGGUUCUUGGCCUUCAAGUUGAGUCGCAUAAGUUCUCACCUGCUCAGCAAUAUGCCCGUCGAGUUGUAUGGUGGGCAACCGCAUGGCAAGAUAGUCAUUUUUCGCUAUCAUAUGACAGGCCAUCGGCGAUGGCAUUUAGCCACCCAGAUAUUCCGUACCAUCCAGAUUCGCAGCCUGGACGAAGAUCUUUUUUUGAAACCAUCUGCCAAAUUAUAGCCUUAACCUUAAAUAUAGUUAAAAGUCGCAUGCUCUCAACUGGCUCUCAGGUUCCAUUUUCCACCAUCCAGACAUAUAGGGCAGAGCUGAAACGAAUAUUGGCUGAUACAGCACCUUACCUUCGUGAUCCUCUAUGCUGUGUAUCACCGAACCAGAACGUCGAGAGACUCGGUUUAAAACUACAUUCCUCAUACCUUACAUCGGAGAUUUGCCGCCCUUCAUUAAGACAGAAUGCUGAUCUCAAUGAUGCAACCACCAUUGCCCUACGAAAAGAUUGCAUUGCUGGUCUUUCAAGAACGGUAGAAGCGUAUGUGGAGAUGUACUCGGUGAACCGCCAAGCAGCUCGAUCAUGGAUCGGUCUUCAGCGAGCCAUUAGUAGCGCUUUUUUACUCGCCGUCGUUGGUGAAUCUAAGACUGACCCGAAUAUCUGGACCCUUCUCCGGCGAUUAGAGGGCGUUCUCACAGAACGUGCAACAGAAGACGAAAUCCCAACAAAAGGCCCGCAAUCUGGCCCGCAAUCUGGUGUUGAUAGCUCGCCUACCUUUGCUGCAAGUUCGUCAAAUAUCGCCAGUGCCAAGUUGGAAAGCAAUUACGAUUCCGCCACUGCUGCAGCUUCAGUAAACAUUCCCACCGAUACAGAGACCCAGUGGGCGAAGCCGCUAAUAAAAUCCCUUCGCGCGCUUCAAAAGUUAAAUGCGGCAUUAUUAGUACAUCUCAGGCAACACGGAGUUGUAACUAGUGCCAGCGGCAGUUACAAUCCUGCGCCAGUCUACACUCAGCCUGCUUCGGGAACCAUAGCUACCUCGGUUGCCUCUACGAGAGCUGGAUCGAUUCCACCUCCGACCCCGGAGAGCUCUACCAGCGGGGAAUGGAGUUUCCCUACGCUGCUGGAUCGUGCAGCUGAGUAUAUAGACCCUCCCCUAUGGUCGUGA